AUGUGCAGAUGGACGCCGUCCGUAGCUCAUCUCUGUCCUGAACCUGCCCUUGGCACCAACACUACUGCAGCCUACGCUGGGCGACUUCUCUCUCUGCCUAGCGCAGCCACCCUUUGCCUGGCAUGCUUCACCCUGCUCCUGGUCACUGCUGGCACAGCCACAGGGGCCUGUCCUCCUGGGGUAGGGCAUGAACCCCUUCAGGUGCUUGCGAGUGGCAUCAACUGUUCAUGGACAUUGGAAAGGCACACUCGCAGUUACAAUCACCUAGAGGGCGAUGUCCGACUACGGCGACUUUACUCUGCCAACAAGUUCUUCCUGUGCAUUGACAAAACAGGCAAGGUGGACGGCACUCGGCGGAAAAACUACGCAGACAGCCUGAUGGAAAUCCGAUCUGUCAGUGUGGGAGUUGUUGCCAUCAAAUCUGUCAGCACCGGGCUGUACUUAGCUAUGUCCAAGAAAGGCACACUCUUCGGAUCGGUGAAGUACAACCCGAGCUGCAAGUUCAAGGAGCGUAUUGAGGAGAAUGGAUACAACACAUAUGCCUCCCUCCGCUGGAAGCAUGGCGGCCGACAGAUGUUUGUUUCACUGAAUGGGCGGGGGAAGCCACGGCGAGGUCACAAAGCUCGACGAAGACACCCGUCUACCCAUUUCCUGCCUAUGCUCCCAUCCUAG